AAAAACAAUCCGUUCUUAUCGCCCCUGCUGUCCACAAUACCCUGUCUUUCACCCUCCAUCGGCGUCAUUUUUGCAGACGACGCCCCUGCUCCGCUCCUGCCACACAGCAGGAAGAGUAUUUUCAAAUUCGAAAACCUGCGCAUGUGCGACACGCAAUCAGCUGUGGGAGAAGAAAUGGCUCCGACCACUCGGUCAGUGGUGCAAUUCGCAAAUUAACAACAAAUUUUCGGACGAAUUAUGUGAUAAAUGGCACGAGGGGCACCUGCGACACAGCCCUGGCCGCCGAGUCGCGUAAGUGUAGAGAUGUGAAGGAGUCUUGCGGUGAAUGAGACACUGCCUCGGCGAUGGCCACCAUGAUGUAUCCCACUUUGACCAAGUCGCAGAGUAUGCGCUCCAAACGCAAGUCUGCUGUGGAGCUCCUGGCGGAGAGUAAGCCCUUUUAUGUGAAGUCGGAAAUUGUGAGGGACACCACACAGGCGAUUCCCACGCGGUUGCCCAACCCCGGGCCCGGAUAUGGGGGCUACAACAGGAGCAAGUCGGUCAACGUGGCGGCACACGGAACCAACUACAGGCCCACCACACUGCCCCAAUAUAUGGCCGUUUCUCCCUCACGAUCCCUUCCUCCCCUUUCCCACCGCCGUUCCGUGCAUUUGGGCAGCAACGACCUUCUCCAGAACAAAUUACGUCAGUUGCUGGUUUGUGAUAGUGCAGAGGAAUUAAGUGUCGAACAGAUGGCACCCCUGAGUCCCCCCGCCGAAUACGCACAACGGUGUCACAAAAGCCUUCCAGACCUCCACUGCAGAGCUGAACCUAGUUCGAAUAAAAGUAGCAACAAGAGUCUUUCCAAUAGGGACAGCGGGGGCUCCAGCGGCCACUACACGCAGAGGAGCGAACCGGCGCCGCCCCCACGCCAGUUUUUGCAGGACAGUCGCCGCGAUUCGGGCUCCAGCACGCAGCACAGCGGCGGCAGUUCGUACUACUGCUGCCAGGAGCCCGAUUGCCGCGCCCGCCAAGCCUACCCGCCCCCCUCGACGUUCAAGCGUCAGAAAUGCCUUCGGUACAAGCGCGAUCGGCCGAUUCUCCGCUCGAAAUCGGACAUCAGCGACCGGUAUUGGCGCCCCCCUGAGCCCCCCACCAGCCACCUGGAGCAGUUCUUCGAGCAUCUCGGCAUGACCAGCGACAGCUACGAGGAGAUGUUGACCAAUAGCCGGUCGUCGGAGAGCCCCGUUUUCUUCUCGGACGUGUCGACGGUGGACUCCAGCAGGCCCCUCGACAACGCCGAUUACUGCCCCUCGUCGUUCAGAACCAGCGAGCCGCCUUCGAUAGUCGAACGCAAUGCCCGCAUCAUCAAAUGGCUGUGUAACUGUCGAAAAUCGCAGUUGACGUGAAUAUACAUUCCUCACAAUCACACAAAUGACGCGCGCGAAUUUACACGUUCAUAGCAUUUUAAUUCUUUGGGGGAAUCGGGGAAGUACCUUAGUGUGACACGAACAAUAAUUCGAAUCAAAGCGACUUUUGACGUACCAAAAUUUGAGUUGUGAUAAUUUUUUGUUUGUUUUUUAGAUAGGAGUGAGAAAUUGGGAAGAACUAAUCUGCUAUGAGGCACAACAUACAGCUUUGCUCGAACAACGGCUUGUGGAGUGAAUGAAACACUCAAUUUUUAACUGUUUCGAACAAUCGAAACUCGCAGUUACGAACGACUAUUCCGUCUUAUUGGAUUCAAAUCGAAUCAAAACUAAGUUUUCUAUCUUCCCUUAUCUUAAUCUCGUCAAGAAAAGACACAAACACCAAUUUUUAUUUUGGAUACUUGUUUCAAUUUUAUUGUGAUAUUUGAAAAUAAAAAGUUUCACUUUACUUUGCGCCUGCAUCCUGAAACACAGAUUUGAGUGUUGAAAAGGUCAUUUCUUAGUAGGUGGCAGCAGCGUCGUCAAAAUUCUGACUCUUCUUUUUCUUAAAGAUUAAAAUAGAGGGUCUAGUCUUAUUUGAAUCCAAUUUUUGAGUUUAAUUGUGACUUGCUCAAAUGAAACCAAUAACUGCCUUCAUGAUUGACAUGGCCGCCUAGGUCAUGCGAUUUUUAGUGAUAGUGUUUCGUGUAAUCAGUAUUUGAUUGGUUUUUAUCAUUCCCUCCUUUUUACGUGAUUUUGAUCUCCGGUAACUGCAAGUUUUGGUAAGAGACAUAAAUGUGUCAAUUUAUACGUUGUGUAUAACUAUACUUCAGUUAUUGACAACGUAUAUCUCAUAGUAGUCGUAGAGCCUAAGCAGACGUUUCACUUGACAAAAAUUAAGACAAUAAGAGCUGAACUGUGUGUUGGAAUUUUCACAAAUGUCACUUUUUCGAAUCGUUGUGUGUUCUAAUGUAAUUAGAUGACUAAACUUUUUUACUUUGGAGUAGAACGAAUUUCUACGUGGAUCAAUAUUACUCGAUUGAAAGUGAUAACAAUAUGCUUAUUAAAAUACGAAUAUUUCUUUUAAUCAUGUUAUCGAAUUCGUGUAAUGUGAAUAAACAUAAUCAGUGAUGAAUUUAGCAAUGUUGAAUAUUUAAAUGUAAUGUUUCAUUGUUUUCCUUAAAUAAGCACGUUGAGGUAUCUGAGGAUCUGUUUUUUCUCUCACAGUAUUACUGUUUCGUUUGGUGUAUGCUGCAUUUUAAUCGUUUUUGCUGUUUUUUUGCAUAAUUUAGCAAUAAUCCCGAAUUAAUAUCUUUAACAUGGGUUUUUAUCGAGCUAUCAGCUCCUGUUAAUCAAUUAAUUGAAACAUAUUUAACAUUUUUAUAAGUUUGGAUUCAGUUGACACUUUUGCGUCCAAUUAAAGGGCACAAAAGUGUUGAUUAACUGCGAAUACUUGUGUAUAUACAUAGUUAUAGCUUGUAGUUAAGUACCCAUGUAAUGGACUGCUGUUAGUUACGAUGCUGUGCAUCGAUUCUGUCUAGUCUGUACUUAAAUUCUGAUUGUUUCAAUAUAGAGCAUAGCUAUGUUUACUUAAUUCUUACAAAAUAUAUUAUUCUGCAAUA